AUGUCGGUCAAGUUCCAAGAAGAGACCAUUCGCACGGUCACGGGCGGCAAGUCCGAGGACCUGGCGCAUCGCGUCGGUGAGAAGUUGACUGGCGGGAAGAGCCAGACCGGCUAUCUUCAGGCCUACCUGAAGCAGCUCCAGCACAACCCGCUGCGCACCAAGAUGCUCACCUCGGGUGUGCUCUCCGGUCUACAGGAGCUGUUGGCCUCAUGGCUCGCCCAUGAUGUUGGCAAGCACGGCCACUACUUCAGCUCCCGUAUCCCCAAGAUGUCCCUGUACGGCAUGUUCAUCGCUGCGCCUCUGGGUCACGUCCUCAUUGGGAUCCUUCAGAAGAUCUUUGCGGGCCGCACCAGCUUGAAGGCCAAGAUUCUGCAGAUUCUUGUCAGCAAUUUGAUUGUCUCCCCAAUUCAGAACAGUGUCUAUCUGACCUCCAUGGCCAUCAUUGCUGGUGCACGCACUUUCCAUCAGGUGCGUGCCACCGUCAAGGCUGGCUUCAUGCCCGUCAUGAAGGUCAGCUGGGUCACCUCCCCGCUGGCUCUGGCCUUUGCCCAGAAGUUCCUGCCGGAGCACACUUGGGUACCGUUCUUCAACAUCAUCGGUUUCUUCAUUGGAACCUAUGUCAACACCCACACCAAGAAGAAGCGCCUGGAAGCCCUGCGAAAGCGUUAUGACCAGCGUCGUGGUCCCGGCAGCGACUACGAGAAGCGUGACUAUCCUUAG